AUGAAUUUGGGGAAAAUAUCGUCUCCCAGUGAUGUGGUGAGAUGUUGUGAUUGUGGAUGCGAUUGCUCUCUGAAUAACACAUCCAUGGGUUCGUGGAUUCGGUCUGUGAAGAGAAAAUACGAGGAAUUUGAGAACGAGCCACGAUUCCACAUACCUGAGCUGGAUCUAGACCUGUCUUCCAAUGCGAAAGUUCAAAUCGAGAACGAGUGUGAGCUGCUGCGUGAAACCGUUAGCAGCCAACAGGAAUCGAUUCAGGAUUUGUAUGCAGAGCUUGACGAGGAGCGGAAUGCUGCAUCGACCGCUGCGAAUGAGGCAAUGUCUAUGAUACUGAGGUUGCAGAGGGAGAAGGCAGAGAUUCAGAUGGAGCUGAGACAGUUUAAGCGGUUUGCUGAGGAGAGAAUGGAGCAUGAUCAGCAAGAGCUUUUGGAUCUUGAAGAUUUGAUGUAUAAGAGGGAGCAGACGAUUCAGGCUCUGACAUGUGAAGCUCAGGCUUAUAAGCAUAGAAUGAUGAGUUUUGGGGUUAAUGAGGCUGAGGUUGAUGCGGAGAGGAACAUGCAUAGCCGUAACACGAGCAUGGUUGAAAAUGAUUUUCAAUAUGACCUCCCUACUUAUGAUUACCCUCCUCUUAAGUGCAGUGUGAAUGAGAACACGGAUCCUCUGGAGGCUGAUGUUGAUGUUGACGAUGAUGUUGAAAAGUACCCACUGACGACUGAUUCGCCUCAUGGCCGAGAAAAGUUGAAGACUUUGGAACGGAGGAUAAGUCGGAUGGAGAGGAUUCCUAGCUUUACUCCUUCUCAUGGUGAUGUCUCCGGAGGGAGAACUUAUUUGGAGAAGGUGGUGGUUGGGGACAGUCCUAGGCGUCAGAGACAUUUCAGGAGAGUUUCCACUGGUAGUUCGAGUUCACUGAGGCCUGAUUUUUCCAAUGAUUCACCGAGGUCCUACAAUGGCAGCGUCAAGAAAAUGGAAGAUGCCUCAUCAUAUGCAGAGGGUAAUUCGUUUGCAAAGGGUAAAGGUGACUACUCUUCAGAAGAGUUUGGAGAUAAUGACAUGAAUGAUAGAGUUUAUACGAUUGAUUCUGUCCAUCACGGUGUAUCUCACAGUGGUGCUGCUGAGCAGAAAUUUAGAGAGGAUGAGACUGGUGAUGGCUAUGGUGGGAAAUUGAAUCAACCGGAUCUUGGUGAUCCUGAUAUAGUGAAACUAUACAUGAGGCUUCAAGCACUAGAGGCUGACAGGGAAUCAAUGAGACAGGCGAUUGUGUCGAUGAGGACUGAGAAAGCUCAAAUGGUUCUUUUGAAAGAGAUUGCCCAACAUCUAUCAAAGGAUGUUAUCACAGAGAGGAGAUUGCCUCUAAGGAAAACAUCUGUUGUUGGAGCAUUCAGUUUCAUAUCUAUCUUUAAGUGGAUCACAUCAGUUGUUUUCUGGAGAAAGAAAGCUCGUCGAAGCAAGUACAUGAACGGGAUGCAAGGGAGCAACAUGGGCUUGCAAAUGCUUCUAGAGAAGACUCCUCGGAUACGGCAAUGGAGAUGUCUCUCAAACACGCAAGUGUGA